CCUAGCAAGUCAGUCACAGCAUCGUGCCAUAGGGGAGAAACAGACCUGUAAAUCCCCGGAGCGAGGUUCUGCCUACUCAAGGCUGCUGCUACCACUACUCCCGUGUAGAGACACUGAGUGAAGCCAACUGCACCAUGGAUGAUGACCUGGAGGCAAACCCUUCAAAUGAGGAUGUGGACAAGAAGAAGCCAGAAGAACACAUUAAACUCAAAGUCAUCAGACAGGAUAGCAGUGAGAUACAUUUCAGAGUGAAAAUGACAACACGUAUGAAAAAACUCAAAGAACGCUACUGUCAAAGACAAGGAGUUUCAAUGCACUCACUUCGAUUUCUGUUUGAUGGUAAGAGAAUUGCUGACAACCACACCGCCAAAGAGCUAGGAAUGGAGGAAGAUGAUGUAAUUGAAGUUUAUCAGGAACAAAACGGGGGUCAUUCAAUGAUUUAGGUAUCCCUUUCACCUUUUUUUCCUUUACCCUCAAUCCUUUUUUAUUUUUAAAAAUAGUUAUUUUUAAUGUGGUGUUCGAAAUAGAAUUGAAAACUGGCACCUCAUCUUGUUAAACUAUCUGAUAAUUUGAAUUCUGUUGACCAUUUUUCACUAUUACUUUUUUUCAUUGUCCUAUUUUUGGAGAUCAAACCUCAGCCUCCUUCAUAUAUUGCCCUCCUUUUUAAGAAAUUACACGGGUACAUGGAGAGGCCAGGACUGUGCAAUUUUAUGCUUUUGAUAAAUAAGAACCAAUGCCAGUGUUAAAAAUGUCUCGUUAAUGGGCCCUAGAGUUCUAACAUGUUACUGCUACAUUCGUGGACUAUGACUUUCAGUGGGAGAUGGAAGUUUUUCAGAGAACUGAACUGUGGAAAACAAUCUUUCCUUAACUUGAAGCUACUUUUAGAAUUUGAGUGUCUGGACCAAAAUACGAGUACUAUCAGGCUGGAGCUGAGAUAACAGCAAUGGUGAGAAUAAUGAUUAACCCCAAAGAUGGCUUCACUACGGAGAAAGCAGUUUAAGAUAAAAGAGAAAAGUCUCAUCAGAAGAUCCCAGGAAAGUCCAAAUUUCCGUUAGCAGUUAAUAAACUUAUUCAUGCAGAAGUGUAUUCAAUAUAACAUUGCUCUUUUGGGUUUUAUUUGUACUUUUU